CGGAAGUAGGGUUUUCAUGUCCGGGUUUCUCCUGGCGUGUGCUGCAAUUUUCUUUUAGUCUUAAUUUUGCGUUAACAAGUUUAAAAAAGAACCCUAAAGAAGCGCGAACAUGACGGAGGACGUGCAGAAGCACUCGGUUCACACGCUUGUUUUCAGGUCUCUUAAGAGAACCCACGACAUGUUCGUGUCCGAUCACGCAAAACCGGUAUCACUGGACGAAGAAAGUCACAAGGUUAAGGUGGCGGUAAAAUUAAGGACGGAAUAUGGACCGGUGUUACACAUGCCGGUUCUUAAGGAGGGAAGAGUCAAAGGAGCUCUUAGCACCGAUCCGUACGACACUUCAGGAUACCCGCCGGCCGAUGGUGGUCCAGAAUACCUCAUCACAGGAACCCAUCCAUACCCAUCUGCACCAGGAGUGGCUCUCACCGCUGACACUCAGGUGCAGAAGAUGCCCAGUGAAGCAGGAGUUCAUUCCAUGGCCCUGGCUCUGCCUCCUUCACAGGCUAGGCAGGAUGCAGCACGCACUGCAGCCAGUGUUGGAGAGAUCCACAGACACGCCGGCGGGGCAGAGCGAUCCCAGCCACCACAGCACACACUGGCCAUCAUGGAAGGUGGUAUGAAGACUUCAGCGUUGGUGCCCCGCAAGGCGCCCACCAUGCCCAAACCCCAGUGGCACCCGCCCUGGAAGCUCUACCGGGUUAUCAGUGGUCAUCUGGGCUGGGUCAGAUCUAUAGCAGUGGAACCUGGCAAUCAGUGGUUUGUGACCGGAUCAGCUGACAGGACCAUAAAGAUCUGGGACUUGGCCAGUGGGAAGCUGAAGCUCUCUCUGACCGGCCACAUCAGCACGGUGAGGGGGGUGGUGGUGAGCUCCCGUAGCCCUUAUCUCUUCUCCUGCGGGGAGGACAAGCAAGUCAAGUGCUGGGACCUCGAGUACAACAAGGUGAUUCGACACUACCAUGGGCACCUGAGUGCUGUGUAUGAUCUGGACCUCCACCCCACCAUCGACGUCCUGGUGACAUGCAGCCGGGAUGCUACCGCCAGAGUAUGGGACAUAAGGACAAAAGCUAAUGUGCACACGCUCACUGGUCACACCAACACGGUUGCCACAGUGAAGUGUCAGAGUGCAGAGCCUCAGAUCAUCACAGGUAGCCAUGACACCACAGUCAGACUCUGGGAUCUAAUUGCCGGGAAGACGAGAGCCACGCUGACCAAUCACAAGAAGUCUGUGCGAGCAGUGGCUCUACACCCGCGACAGUACACCUUUGCCACAGGCUCCCCAGACAACAUAAAGCAGUGGAAAUUUCCGGACGGAAACUUCAUUCAGAAUCUGUCGGGACAUAACGCCAUUAUAAACACGCUUGCUGUCAACUCUGAUGGAGUCUUGGUUUCUGGAGCUGAUAACGGUACAGUCCACCUGUGGGACUGGCGGACAGGCUACAAUUUCCAGCGGAUCCACGCAGCCGUGCAACCAGGAUCUCUGGACAGCGAGUCCGGGAUCUUUGCUUGCGUGUUCGACCACUCUGAGAGCCGCCUCAUCACAGCGGAGGCGGACAAAACGAUCAAAGUGUACAAGGAGGACGACACAGCGACUGAGGAAACCCAUCCUGUCAAUUGGAAGCCUGAUAUUAUCAAGAGAAAGAGAUUUUAAGUCUUCAGUGUUCUAUUUUAUUUUGUUUACAGUUGAUAUGACCCUCAUGCUGUGUGUUAGCAAAUGAUUGACAUUUUAAUGAGCCUCUUCAUCGAGAACAUUUGGACUCAAAUUACAAUCUUGUUUUCUGAUUCUCUUUGGAUCCAUUUAAAAGCACGUUUUGGUAGAGAAAUAAAGAGAAUGCAUUUCCAUCA